UGAUUAAAAUACAAAUAUAGGGCUUACUCUUCCAGUGUUUUACCUCUCGAUUACUGCUUGUUUUCUCUUCCACGUGUGUCUCCCCCCAUUUGGAUGCAGGAGGAAACUGAGCCAUGGUAUUUUCAGAAAAUGUAUGCAAGAUACUGGAAGCACUAUGAUUUAGCUAUGCGCUGGAUGCACAGACACCAGGAAGCCUACAGGAAAGCCAUGGAGUCCGUUUAUCAUGUACCAUGGCCUCCUUACGCAGCUUCUCCAAGCAGCCGCUACUCAGAUUGGGAUGGGGAUGACCCCCCGUGUACCCACAGCCAUUUUUCCAACUAUAGCCCACGUGGCAGAGCUCAGCAGUACAUGGAUGCCCAGCCAGGGAAGGAGGAUGAUGACAGGGAGGAGGAAGAGGAAGACUCUGAAGUGGACGAAGACUUGGAGUCCGAAGGGGAGUUUGAAUAUGACCUGAGUAACAUGGAGAUCACAGAGGAGCUUCGCCAGUUUUUUGCCCAAACAGAGAGGCAUCGGGAAGAACUACGUAAGUCUGUGCUUGUUUUGUGUUUUCCUGUGCUUCGUGGCCAUGCCAAUGAGUCGUGGACAGCUUCAGAGUUUACAGGUUGUGUAACAGUUACAGAAACAGGCACUGCAGGUGGACAAGCCAAGCAGAUUGAAUCAGGCAAAACCAAUGGGUACAGUUGAGUACGAUUCAUUAGAAAUAACUGUUAGAAAAAUCUUCAAACACUUUCUGUGAGAAAG